CGUUAUCUCAAUCGUUAUUCAAAUAAAAAUAACGAUUUACAGGAAAAGGGAUUGUUGCUACUUCAACGCCGAUGUUAUGAAUAUCGGUAAACUUUAACGAUUUACAGGAAAAGGGGUAAAAUCGAUCGCAAAUUGACGCUAGACAUCGUUAUCGUUAGCAAUCGUUGAAGUUGAAGCGGGUUCAACUUUGACGACGAAAAACGUAAGAACUGGCCAAUCAAAUUAUCCAUUGAUGAUGUCAUUGAAACUUUUCUGUUUUUGCGCGCUAGGCCUGUGUGUGAUCUGCGGUGUGUGGGUGCUAGUACACGAAGCAAUUUUCGUCUCCUUGCUCUAAACUCAAAUACCAAAGAUGGACCAUAGUGAAAAAUCCCUUAUGGAAGUUGUGCAGAGAUUCGAAAUAUUGUAUGAAAGAAGGGCUGCCAACUACAAAAAUAUGAGAACCAUGAAAAAAAAUGCUCUAGAAAAAGUGGCGGACGAGUUGAACUACAUGAAGGUAAAAUGCAGGGGAGAGGCAGCCUGGACGGGAGAUCUUGUAGAACGGGCAUAUAAAAAUGUGUGUACUCGCUUUUCGAGAUACCUUAAAGAUUAAAAAAAAAAAGAUGAGAUCAGGUGCAGGCGUGGCCGAAAUCCAGGAUGCUGUGAGCAAGGAGUGGGAGGCCCUCCGGUGGCUAGUGCCUUACUACAAGGAACGAGUUGCAGCUGAUACAUGCUCUUUGGAGGAAGAGGAAGAUAAUAACCAGGAAGACUACUCCUUUGAUGAGGGUUCUGAGACACAGGCUACUACCAUUCUUAAAGCUAUAGAAAAUUCAUUCGAGGAUACUGAAAUUGAUAAUGAUCAAGAUGGGGAGGACUUUGAAACUCCAGUACAAGCACAAGUUUCCCCACAAGAACCUGAACUUGUUUCUAAGAAGAGAAAGAAAAGUAGCAAAUAGAGAAAACAUUGAAGAAAGAAAGAAAGCGUGGUCAAAGAAGGAACAGAAAGCUGUAAAGAAGGAAGCAUGUCAGCCCAUUUCCAGUAAAUAUGAGCAGGCUGUGAUCGAUUUCAUUAACAAACCAGAAGAACCGCAGGACUGGAUUGCAAAAUUUUGUUCUUGGUUACAAUCAGAAAUAAAAGGCAGAUCGGAGAUGGACCAAAAAAGAAAUAAUGAAAGGAAUUAAUGAUUUAGUUUUUGAAUAAGUUGUUAAAAAAUGUAAAUUGUAAUAGACGGAGUUGGCGAUAUUUAUUUAGAAACAAGCUAAGAGAAAAUUGAGUUUAAAUACAGCUAUAAUAUGGUCAGUACUGGAAAAAAAAGUGUGCAAGUUGUCUAGACAAAAUAGCUCCAGCACCUUGUUUUGCGAACCCAUUAAUUUGGAAUAGAAUUGAAAUGUUAUUUUGCCACAGUGAACAAUUGGAAAUACAGAAAACUAAAAAUUUUAUCCUGCUUGCCACCAGCAAAAAUCUUUCAUUACAUUUUUUUUUUCAGAAUUAAAAACGUAUUUAACAGAUAAAAGCAAACUUACAUCGCAGUAAAUUAGAGUGUGUAGGCCUACGAUCAAUCGCUACACACACACACACAGUUGCUAGCUUCCGUGCAAAAUAGAGAAAUUGUAGUUAUCAAAGAUAAACAAUUCAACAAGACACACAUAGUCUUGCUGACAAGCAACAAACACUAAUAGUAUUCACACUGUUAUUGUUGAAAUGCGAGUUUGAUAAUAAAGAAAUGAAACAACAGUA